CGAUGGUGGACGGUGGAGGACCCUUUGCCUCGAAAAAGAAGUUUGACGCUUCUCCGAGCCUCCAUUCUUUUGCUUCUCCGCCCGCACUCGAUUGCGCUCGUCUUAUUUCCUGUCUGAGGAGCGCUGGAUCUUGGAGAACCUCGACGACGCUCCGCCAUCUAGCCGUUCCCUUUGAUUCGCAUUCGCGCCCGGUCGCCACAACCUCCCCACGAGGAGCUCACCAUGAGCGCAAUUCUCUCCGCCGACGACCUGAACGACUUCAUAUCGCCCGGCGUCGCGUGCAUCAAGCCCAUAGAAACACUUCCAGCAAAGCCUGAAGACGCUUCCCAUGCCUACGAAGUCACCACCGAAGACAAAGUCGCCGCGUCGCAGCCGCCUCCUCCCGCCCAGAUAUCGCUUACAGAUUGCCUCGCGUGUUCGGGAUGUGUGACGUCGGCCGAAGCGGUGCUUGUCACCCUCCAGUCACAUACUGAGGUCCUCGCCACGCUCGAUACCUACCGAUCGCUGCGUGCGCCAUGGCUAGCGCAGAACGGAACGAAGCAUAUGAAUAAUGGGGCAACAAACGGUGUGAAUGGGCACUAUGGCGAGGGAAAGCUGUUCGUGGCCAGCGUCUCACCGCAGACGCGAGCAAGCCUGGCAGCUGUCUUCUCCGUGUCGGAAGCGGAAGCGGGGAAUAUGAUCGCCCAGCUGCUUAGCGGGCCGUCCGGUCUCGGAGCCGGAGGUGCCCAUGGUAGCGACUUCACCUGGGUCAUAGACACGAACGUUGUGCGGGAAGCCUGCCUCGUCGCCGCGGCAAACGAGGUCGCAUGCGCCCUCUCUCCAGACGCCCAGAAUACCCCGUCCGAACCGGGAACAGAAAGCGCAAGCGAUACAGCGCCUAAGAAACCUAUCUUGACAUCGGCAUGUCCUGGCUGGAUAUGCUAUGCUGAGAAGACACAUCCCUAUGUCCUCCCGCACCUCUCGCGCCUAAAGUCCCCGCAAGCUCUAACAGGAACACUCAUUAAAUCGGUCCUAAGUCAGCGCUACAACAUUCCCCCUUCUCAGAUAUGGCAUCUGGCCAUCAUGCCCUGCUUCGACAAGAAGCUCGAAGCAAGCCGCAGCGAGCUCACGUCCUCCGCCUGGCUCCCUAACCAAGACCCUUUCCAGGGAGCCGUGCGAGACGUCGAUUGCGUGAUCACCGCCCGCGAACUCCUACAUCUAGCUGCCGCACGCGGCAUGAAUUUCUCCUCCCUCCCUCAGACCCCACUACCCUCCGCGCAACGAACGCCCUUCCCGGACCCGAGAAUAGACGCCUUCCUUUUCCCGCCCACCCGUCGAAAGAAUCAAGACCCCGUCGCUGGACCAUCGGGUGGAUACCUAUAUCACAUAUUGCAAAGAUACCAAGCACAGCACCCUGGAUCGUCAAUAUCGGUGUCACGCGGGAGGAACGCAGAUGUGGUCGAAUACUCGCUCGUCCGGGGCCCAGAAACUAUCGUCAAGAUGGCGCGCUUCUACGGAUUCCGUAAUAUCCAGAAUCUCGUACGGCGACUGAAGCCCGCGAAGAUGAGCAAGAUGCCAGGAGCAAGGACAGGCGUAAGCAGGAGACCCGGGGCAAAUGGCGCGGCCGGCGUGGAAGGAGUCAAGGAAUAUGCAUAUGUGGAAGUCAUGGCUUGCCCCGGCGGGUGCACCAAUGGCGGCGGACAGAUCAAGGUUUCCGAAGUGGAACAAGUACGCGCUGCUGAGGGCUUCCAUGCCAUCAACGGAGCCGUUGUAGUCGCAAGACCGGGCCCAAAAGAGCAGAAAGAGUGGUUAGGAAGGGUGGACGAAGCGUACUUCUCUGGCUCGGAUGAAGAAACCAUCGACAGCGACGGAGACCAAGAGAUGCAAGACGUCGCCACCACCAACGGAACCAACACCCUGCCUUACGAUGAUGAUGUCGUGGGCGGCAUUUCCCAAACAUAUGUCUGGGAUGUGCUAUGUCACUGGGCCGAUAUCACGGAUGUAGACAUGCGGAAGUUGAUAUACACGUCGUACCGCAAGGUGGAGAGCGAUGUGGGCAAGAAGCAGAAUGAUGUCGAGAGGGUUGCUGGGCUGGCGAGCAGCAUCGGAGGCGGCUGGUGAGUGAGCGAGCGAGCUCAAGCGCUGAGCUUGCUACAUACGGACAUUAGAUGGCGUUAUUAGAUAACAUGCGAAGCAUUUGCACGGGUACGGGAAGAUGGAGUAGGUUGGGGGCCCGAUAGGAAGACAUACAAUCACGUCCGUCGUGGGAUUUUAAUGAAAGAACUAUCAACAC